AUGCGGGACUUCAAAAAGGCCAUUUCUUAUUGCAACUUCAAGGAAAUUAGGAUGGAAGGUGGCGAGUUUACGUGGUGUAAUGGGCGUCACAACAAUCUGGUUUUUGAGAAGUUGGAUAGGGUGUUGGCUAACCUGGAUUGGUUUAGAAGAUUUUGUAUGUCAAAAGUCACCCUCCUUCCUUGGUGGAACUCGGACCACCGUCCCUUGCUUCUUAGCUCUAGCAAGAAUAAGAAGCUUUCAACCAAGGCUCCAAAAUGGAGAUCUAGGUUUCAUUAUGAACAAGCUUGGGCUGGGGAAGAGGAUUGUGGUAAGAUAGUGGAGUCGGUUUGGCUUGAUGGUUCCAAUUGGGGCUCUCCUCAGGGGCUGAGGGGGAGAAUUAAUCAAUGUGGAGAGAUCCUUCAUGAAUGGAAUAAAGAUAAAAAGGCUGACUUGGGGGCUAGAACUAAGAAACUAAAAGAGGAACUAAAAAAUCUCUCUUCUUCUGUUGGAGAAACGGAUUGGAAGAACCGAAGAAGGAUUGAAAGAGAUCUUAAUGUUGUUGAGGCUAAGGAGGAGAUUUUAUGGAAAUAA